AUGAAUAUGGAUACAUAUAACAAUAACAAUCCUCAAGCUGAAAUUGAAAGAUAUUAAAGAACCGAAAAAAUUGGUGAAGGUACCUACGGUGUAGUAUUCAAGGCCAUAGAUAAACAAACCAACCAAACAAUUGCUUUAAAAAAAAUUCGUUUAGAGCAUGAAGACGAGGGAGUUCCAUCCACAGCAAUUCGAGAAAUAUCAUUACUAAAAGAAAUAAAUCAUCCAAACGUAAUUCGCUUAAAAGACUUAGUAUAUGGUGAGAACAAAUUAUAUUUAAUAUUUGAUUUUUUAGACCAUGACUUGAAAAAAUAUCUUGAAUUAACUAGCGGUCCAUUAUCCCCUUAAAUUGUAAAAGAUUACAUGUUUUAAUUAGUUUUAGGAAUAGCCGUUUGUCAUGCAAAUCGAAUAAUACAUAGAGAUUUGAAACCUUAGAAUAUUUUAAUAGAUAAAAAAGGUCAAGUACAAUUAGCUGAUUUUGGACUUGCAAGGGCUUUUGGUCUUCCUAUGAAAACAUAUACCCAUGAGGUUGUUACUUUAUGGUAUAGACCUCCUGAAAUUCUCCUAGGUGCAAGAUAAUAUUCUACUCCAGUCGACAUUUGGUCUUUAGGGUGUAUUUUUUCAGAAAUGGCAAUGAAAUAGCCACUUUUUGUUGGAGAUUGCGAGAUAGAUUAAAUUUUUAAAAUUUUUAGAAUUAUGGGUACUCCAAAAGAAAAUACAUGGCCAGGAGUUAGUUAAUUGCCAGAUUUUAAGAGUACUUUCCCAUAAUGGUAAGGAAUUUCUUUGGAAAAAUAAUGCCCAAAUUUAGAUUCAAAAGGUAUUGAUUUGCUUAAAAAAAUGCUUUAAUUAGAUCCUACUAAAAGAAUUACUGCAGAAGAAGCAUUAGAACAUCCUUUUUUUGAUGAAUUAGAUAAGAGUAAAUAUUAAUUAUUAGAUUGAAACACAAAUUAUUAAUAUUUUUAUUACCAAAAAAUAUAGAAAUAUAUAUAAUAACAUUUUUUUUACAUUUAUUAUGUUUUUAAAUAGUCUUUAUAUUAGAAAGUAUUUUUUUUUUAAAAAAAGUUUA